AUGGCAACCCAACGACGACACGGUCAAAAAAGUGAUACUACUGUAGAGAAGAGCAAGGGAGAGGAUGAAAAGAUUGUUGCACAGACUGGAAAAACUUGGGGAAGAGAUAGAGAUGUAACAACUUUUAACGUCAUCCUCUCCUCGACAAUUCUUUUUACCACUCCUCUUUUCGUCCUGUACUUCUGGCUUGUCUGUACUCACUAUGAAUGUGCCCUUUCCACACCCAUCGUGGCGUUUAUAAGAAAUGGUCUUACAUAUGAUACAUUCGAGGAUGUUUUCCUCAAUAAAUUGCCACAGUUUUCGUGGCAUGGGAUGCAGAUUUUCUAUACAUGGCUGGUAUUUCAAGGGGUGUUGUAUGCUGUCUUGCCGGCGAAUAUUGGGUAUGGACAAAGAACACCUGCUGGACAUAUUUUGCCGUACAAGGUAAAUGGCCUCUUCGCUUGGUCAAUAUCCCACAUUGUCUACCUUGUCGGCGCCUACUACUUUUCUUUGUGGUCUCCUUCCAUAAUCCAUGAUAACUGGGGAUCCCUUCUCAUUGCUGCCAACAUCUACGGAUUCUUCCUCACCUUCUUUGUCUACUUUAAAGCUCACUACUUUCCUACCCAUCCCGAGGAUAGAAAGUAUAGUGGCAGUGUAUUGUACGAUCUCAUGAUGGGUAUCGAGAUGAAUCCGAGGUUUGGCGAAUUGUGGGAUUUCAAGCUUUUCCAUAACGGACGACCUGGAAUCGUUGCAUGGACCAUGAUUAACUUGAGUUUUGCUGCUGCACAGUAUCAGGCUAUCGGUUAUGUAACAAACUCCAUGGUGCUACUAAACUUCCUUCACGCAACAUACGUCCUCGACUUUUUCUAUAAUGAAGACUGGUACUUGAGAACAAUCGACAUUGCUCAUGAUCAUUUCGGAUUUUAUCUUGCCUGGGGUGAUACUGUCUGGCUCCCGUGGAUGUACACUCUUCAGUCUCACUAUCUAGUCCGUAAUCCGGUUGACCUUUCAACGCCCUAUUUCUUAUUCGUUCUUGCGGUUGGUUUAUCUGGAUAUUAUAUAUUCCGUGCAGUGAACCAUCAGAAAGACUAUGUGCGCCGUGCAGAUGGUAAUUGCAAAGUUUGGGGCAAACCAGCAACGUUUAUCAGAACAAAAUUUGUCACGUCAGAUGGAACGGAGCAUUCUAGUACAUUGAUAACUUGUGGAUUUUGGGGUGAGUAG